AAGUAAUGAAAAUAUUGGAUGACAUCAAAUAGUAGGUGGAGAAGGAGAUGUUAAAGUUUGAUCCUCGUCUAGCUUAAAAGAAAUAUCUAAAGAUGACAGAAUCUAUUAAGGAUUUGUUUUUAAAAGCUGUUGUUUCUGAGAAGUAAUCUAUCAAAGCGGUGCUAUUGAUAUAUUUAUUAUAUUAGGCUGCCAAUUCCAUAGGUAUUAAUUACUCCUCAGCCAAGGCCAUUUGGGCAGAAUUUAGAAGGAAGAAACAGAAGAAGAAGAAGAGUAACAACAAAGAAGACUCAGAUUAGAAAAAAGAAAAUCCUCUAGUCAAGCGGUGUUCAUAUAAAAUAUUGAAUGGUUGUAAUAAGAUUAAGAAAUUUUUUAUGGAAAUAAAAUCCUCUGUCUCAUAGAAUUUGAAUUCAACACAUUUCUGUAAGAUGGACCCUCACAUUUGA